AUGGCUCCCCCUUCUUUAAACAAGAAACAGAAGCGCGAAGAAUACCGCCGCAAACUCGGCGAGCAAACAGCUACCGAUGGCGCAGUCCAGAUGCCCCAGAAGAAAUUCUUCCGGCAGCGCGCGCAUGCGAAUGUCUUUUCAGACCACAAUCUUCAAUAUCCCCGAACUCCCGCCCACAUGGACUGGUCCCCCCACUACCCAGCAUACAUAGACCAAGACCCCUCAAACACAAACCUUGCCGGCGCACGCAAGCUUCUCAAGGAUGUCGAAGUCGUCGACAUCGGCUGCGGAUUCGGCGGUCUCCUCGUCGGUCUCGCCCCCCUCCUCCCAGAAACAUUAAUACUGGGUAUGGAAAUCCGGACUUCGGUCUCGGAUUAUGUCCGCUCGCGCGUUCACGCUCUACGUCUCCGUCAACAGCAAUUGAAAGCGGGGGUAUCCCAGGAAAAUACACCACAGCAAUUAGAAGGAGAAACUGAAACACUCCCCGAUGCCGAUGCCGAUGCCGAUGUUCCUGCUACCGAAGACGAAGUCGGCACUACCAAUGCUCUCGUUCCUGGAAACUAUGAGAAUAUCUCCGGCAUUCGCGCAAACACCAUGAAAUUCUUGCCUAACUUCUUCAAGCGCGGACAGCUUUCGAAGAUCUUUAUCUGUUUCCCUGAUCCGCAUUUUAAGGCAAGGAAGCACAAGGCGCGUAUUAUUUCCGAGAGUUUGAAUGCCGAGUAUGCGUAUUUGUUGCGGCCUGGUGGGAAGCUGUAUUCCAUUACCGAUGUGGAGGAGUAUCAUCAUUGGAUUCUGCGGCAUUUUAUCGUCCAGGAGGGUGAGGAUGUUUCGGCUGGCUCAUCAAAGUUUUUGUGGGAGCGUGUUGAAGGGGAGGAGCUUGAACAGGAUCCGUGUGUUACGGUGAUGUCUUGUGAGACUGAGGAGUCGAAGAAGGUUUCGAGAAAUAAGGGGAAUAAGUAUGUGGCUGUUUUCAGGAGGAAGGAGAACCCUGACUGGCCUGCUUGA